AUGAACAAACCGUUGUCGACUACGCUGAAUGAAUCCACCAGUGAAAAGUUCGUUUCAGAGAUUAAGGAGGGAAGUUCGGGGAGUGUGCGCAAAUUUGCCCCAAACCACAGUGAGAAAAAUUAUGUUGAGUUUGCGCGAACCUCAGGCUGCCGGCGAAGCGAUAUGAAGGCCCUGCAGCGUAACGCUGCGGAAUAUGGCGAUGAAAUCAGCCGGCUGCCACAAUCUUGUCAAACGCUUCGCAAUCCAAAUCGUUGA